UCAGUCAGAUGAAGAUUGGCCGCGAUUUACUUCUCAACAGGCGCGCUGCAUCGUACCCCUUCACCUAGGUUAUCGUCGGACGAGGUUGAUAUGUUGGACGGAUCGCAGCACACAAGCUCUUCGCAUGCUCACGACUUCGAGGACGCUAACAAGACCUACUAUGAUAAACAUGCUCACAAGUAUGAUGAGCGGCCCAAUGCGAAGAUCUUGGCGCGCAGACUCGCUUCUGCGAUUCGCCAAAUGUAUCCCAACUUGUUUGAUGAAGACAAGACGACGUUGAUGGACUACGCAUGCGGCACCGGUCUCAUCUCUCGGGAGCUAUGCCCGUAUGUCAAGUCGGUUGUAGGGGUUGACAUCAGCCAAGGGAUGGUCGAUCAGUUCAAUCUUCGGGCCUCGAACCAGGGGCUUGUCCCGGAAGAGAUGAAGGCCGUAUGCGUUGACUUGAAGCAAGACGAUCAUGAACUACGCAGCACGAAGUACGAUGUCAUAGUAUGCUCUAUGGCCUAUCAUCACUUUUCAUCCAUAGAGGAUGUGACGCACCUCCUCGCCUCCUUCCUCCAACCUGGUGGCUCCCUUCUAGUUGCAGAUAUCUAUCGGAGCACUCUUCAGACGGAUAUAUUCCCCCACGAACACGACGCUGGCGGUGACGAACACAUCGUCGCCCACCAACGAGGCUUCGAUGAAGAAGACAUGGGACGGGUCUUCCAGACGGCAGACCUCGUGUGCAAGGACUUCAGUGUUGUGACGUCGGGGAAGAUGCACGGGAAAGACGUCGAUUUCUUUGUUGCGUGCGGCGUCAAGUCCGCUGCAGACUCAUGAAAAUGUUGCAAACCACUUACUCAGAGUUGGUGCGGAUGUCAAACCAUGUAUGUCGUAUGAAUGCUGGGUCUCUUGCGGCCCAUUGGGAUGUGUCGUCGCACGUUCUA